AAAGGAAAACAGCUAAAAAACAAAAAUACCUCAUAUCCAUUUUGACCAACUGUCAGACGAAAAGGCCUUCAAAAUUCAGAUAAAGCAGGAAAUGCACGCGCUUCAGGAGGGCGCCACCAUGCUGCACCACCAGCAGCCGCCGCCACCCACUUCCGGGGAGGAUCACCUGCUCACCGCUGAUACCUUCUUUUACGCACGCAGCAAUCCCAUGGAGAACGCGGCAGCAGCCGCCGCCGCCGCAGCAGCGGGCCUCAUAGAUCCGCAUCACAACAGGGAUUUGCACCAGGCUCUGGUGGCUUCGAUAGCCAACAAUGGUGUGGCCGCCAUCGGCGGUGGAUUGACCACGGCGGCUGUUCUGAAGAGUGCCGCCCAGCAGCAGCAGCAAUCACAACAGCAGGCAGUGCAGUCCCAAAAUUCAGUGGUAGUCUCUGCUGGACAGGAUCAACAGCCCAAACAGGAGCAGGCCCAACAGGCAGCACUGGCUCUGCUGAAGGAGAAUGUAAACGCCUCCGCCGGAGGAGCGGGACAACCGGCCAUGGGGGGCAGCAACAAGAGCGGCUCCUCCGGAAGAUCGACACCCAGCUUGAGCGGAGGCAGUGGCUCCGAUCCGGCACCCGGCAAACUCUUCGUCGGCGGUCUCAGCUGGCAGACGUCGUCCGACAAACUCAAGGAAUACUUCAACAUGUUCGGCACCGUCACCGAUGUGCUCAUCAUGAAGGAUCCCGUCACCCAGCGUAGUCGCGGCUUCGGUUUCAUCACAUUCCAAGAACCCUGCACCGUGGAGAAGGUGCUCAAGGUGCCCAUUCACACGCUCGACGGCAAGAAGAUCGAUCCCAAGCACGCCACCCCAAAGAACCGACCCCGCCAGGCCAACAAGACCAAGAAGAUCUUCGUGGGCGGCGUCUCGCAGGACACCUCCGCCGAGGAGGUCAAGGCCUACUUCAGCCAAUUUGGGCCCGUCGAGGAGACGGUCAUGCUGAUGGACCAGCAGACGAAGCGCCACCGCGGCUUCGGCUUCGUCACCUUCGAGAACGAGGAUGUGGUCGAUCGCGUCUGCGAGAUCCACUUCCACACCAUCAAGAACAAGAAGGUCGAGUGCAAGAAGGCCCAGCCCAAGGAGGCGGUCACCCCGGCAGCCCAGCUCCUCCAGAAGCGCAUAAUGCUGGGCACCCUGGGCGUACAGCUGCCCACGGCUCCUGGCCAACUGAUUGGAGCCCGCGGCGCUGGUGUGGCCACCAUGAACCCGCUGGCCAUGCUCCAGAAUCCCACACAGCUGCUGCAAUCCCCUGCAGCCGCGGCCGCCGCCCAGCAGGCCGCGCUCAUAUCACAGAAUCCCUUUCAAGUACAAAACGCCGCCGCAGCAGCCUCGAUGGCCAAUCAGGCGGGCUUCGGCAAGCUGUUGACUACAUAUCCGCAGACGGCGCUGCACAGCGUUAGGUAUGCACCCUACUCGAUCCCCGCCAGCGCCGCCACUGCCAACGCUGCCCUGAUGCAGGCCCAUCAGGCGCAGAGCAUGGCCGCCGCUGCCCACAAUCACCAGCAGCAGCAACAGCAGCAGCAUCACCACCAGCAGCAGACCCACAAUGCCCAUGUGGCCGCCGCCCAGCAGCAGCAGCAGAGCCACCACAACGCCGUCUCGAAUUCCGCCUCGCAGGCGCACUCGGCAGCAGCGGCUGCCGCUUUGGCGGCCAAUGCAGCGAAUGGAGCCGGUGCCGCCGGAGCCCACAGCCUUGCGGCGGCCGCCCAGCAGGCUGGCUUGAUGGCCGGCAAUCCCCUGAAUGCCGCUGCUGCCGCCGCCGCCGCUGCUGCCAAUCCGGCGGCUGCCUACCAAAACUACGCGCUGGCCAACGUGGACAUGUCCAGCUUCCAGGGCGUCGACUGGAGCACCAUGUACGGCAUGGGCAUGUACGUCUAAGACGUGGGUUUUGUUUGGUAAUUUGAAUGAAACACUCACCAUACAUACACCACCCCCUUAGUUGUAGAUCCAUACAAAAUCCACACAUGGCCCCCAUCCAUAAAUAUUCAUAGAAACACACCGAAACACUCUCAUAUGACCAAGUUGGUUUUCCUUUGAGUUUGGCUUAGUUAGUAGUCCGCAACACGGAAGGCAAAUUAAGUAUUAUAUUUAAGGAGCCCUCGGGGGCGAGUUCAAUAAAUACUAACUAAUAUAUAUACAUAUAAAAAAUCAUAAGCAAUAUAAGCAAAAAACAAAAAAAAAGGAAGCAAAGCAAAGCGAAAUCAAGGAAAAACAAAAUUCAAAACCAAAAAGCAAAAAUUACGGAGCGAUAGAGAAGCAAAAGAAGGAAAACACAUUAAAAACCACCGAUUGUGAUUGCGUUUAAAUGUAGCCGUUAAUAUAUAAUUUUUAGUGCAUAAAAGAAAACCAUUAAACCUAAACCUAAAUUAAAAUAAACAUAAAUAAAAGUAAAUAUAUAUAUAUAAAUACAUAUUUAUGAAAAGCAAGAGCAAGGAUUGAAUCUUAUAAGUUACAACUCACGCUCGUUUAAUGGCGCUCAUUGAUUAAAAAUUGAAGAAUUCCUUAUUUUUUCGGAGCCCUAAACUCAAACUGAAAUUGAUGAGAAACUCCUGCAAGGGCAGUAUUAAUUAAUCGAAUGAAACUGCAAACGAAAACAUUUUGCUCAAGACAAAGAGUUAUUAAUUAAUGUUUAAACCAAGCUAACCAACUAAAGCGAUGAAACCCGAAAUGAAACUAUUAUUUUAGAGGUUUAGUUGAGUUCGAAUUUAAUUCACCCAGCAUAGAUUACAACAACAGAGUUAACCAAUCACCAACGAACAUCACCAACUCACCAACGUACACAUAA